UCUUCCUCAGUCGGCAUGCACAAGAGAAAGUUGAAGACAGAACUCGGUCGAUCACCCAAGCAGAUGGAAUUAUUCGAGUGAUGCUACAAGAAAAAAGAGGAAGGCAAUUGGAGCAGGCCAAGGGCGACGGAGGUGGUGAAAAUGCUAGAGGAUCGUCAGCCUCACCCACUGCCGAAGACCAUGAUGCCCCCCCCCCUCGAAUCGGGGGCUUCGGGGACGAUAACGAGCAACAAAUGUGGUUGGCUGCAGUUGGGAGCAAGAACAAGGGCCGAGUAGGCCUUGGUUUUGAGGCCCACGUCUCCAACCGAACAUUCACAUCACCAUCGCCACCCCCAUCGACACCACCACUGCCACCGCCAUCGCCACCAAGGAGGACUGCAUCGGUUGCCUCGAGCUCAUGAUGGCCGACAUGAUGGUCAUGAUGAGGGAGAUGAGGAUUUCCUUUUCGACUGCAGCACCGCUUCCGACAGAUCCCCAGCCUCGGAUUAGGCCGAUAUGGACGUCGCUGAUGAGGAGGGAUUAGAUUUGAUUUUAU